CUGCAGAAACUACGCGAUUCUGAACAUUUUGCAAAAAUUAUAGAAAGCAAAAGGAGUUUACUAGUUUUAGGCAUCGCAGCUUUAAGUACCGUUUUAGGUACUACGUGUGAUGUAUAUCGGGAAAAAUGGGAUGAAAAUAGUCCUGGAAGAGGUCUGAGCAAAUCCACCAGUCUGGGUCCGGAUCAAAUGUAUCAUCGUAAAAGCUGUGCUGCAUGUGGAUCACGGGCUGAUGCGCAAGGAGUGGAAAUGUACUGUAUCGAUGAGGACGUCGCGAGCGUCUGCCAGUCCAUGAAUCUGUUCGUUGGUGGAGCAGUUGCUUGCACUGGGGAUGGUGACUGCUGUUGCAAGGGGAGCAACUGUCCAGCUGCGCUACGUAAGUUCUAUUCGGGUCAGCAAAUGUUACUCGGACCGCCAAUUUUGACGCAAACCAUUGGUGAUGCAUGCCCCAAUUUACAAGCCUCACUUGUUGUUUCCUGCUUUUUUGUGACUUUAUUACUCAUUUUUUAACA